GCGCGCACACGGGCGCUCAGAACGUAUCGCUGGCGGCUCUGUGUCCACCCGGACCACUCUGGGUCAUGGAGCCGCGUGCGGGGGACACCACAGACCCUAGGGGGAGCAGAGGAGGCCGCCGCGCUCCCCAGCGGGCCAGUCCCAGCGCCCGGCAGCUCCUGUCGCGGCUGGACGCGCGCCCCCUGGCGGCCCGAGCUGCGGCCGACGUGGCGGCGCUGGUUCGCAGGGCGGGCGCCACAUUGCGCCUGCGCCCCAAGGACGGGGGGGUGUCCUUGUUCCGUACACGACUACGAGUCUCUUACAGGAGGUCUAUUUUAUUAGCAUUACCAGAGCUUGUCGAGUAUUAAAUCUGGCAUCUGCAGGCAUCAUUGACAUGUCUAUUGCUUAGGGUAUUUAUUUAUUUUACAUCUUUAUUAUUUAUUAUUGUACACAACUGGCAUUCAGUUUUUUUUAAUUAUCUUACCCACACUUCCCACACCAGUAGAGCACAGUCACGUGCACAAAGUAGACAAUCAAUAAAUAGCUGUCAAAUUCCUACACGAAGGAAUGAAUACCCGGUAAGAAUGAGUCCACUUCCUACCACUCCUAACUUUCUGAAGAAUUGUAUUUCCCGUAUGCAGGGCGCGACGCAGUUCUGUGAAGUAAAAGAGCGACACUUACUUCCCACCGCCCUGUAACCGCCUUGUCUGUCAGAUGCCGCAAUGUUUUGUGGGAAAAGUAGUUCUAGAGCUCGUCCUUCGGCCCCCAGCAAACUUAGCCUAAACUAAACUUCCCAGCAAGCCUUGCACCCGCCUGGGAAGAGAGGCAAGAUGGCGGAACGCGAAGAGGGUGUUUUGCAGUCCGCUGGACACUCCACUGCCCCAGUUUCGUUCACCUUCAGUCGCACUGCCGCCCGAAAGCGGCUGGCCGACCGUGGAGUCGGCAUGGGUGCGGCUCCAGAAGAGAAGGAUUUCUUGAGGACCGUGGAAGGGAGAAAAUUGCAGAGUGUGAAUCCCUCAGAAGCCCCCAAGGAACUCGUCAUCCCUUUGAUUCAGAGUGGCUCUCGAAGACAGCCACCAACCCAGGCCCCUGGCCCAUCCACAGAUGUGGAGGCCAGGGCAGAUGGGAUGCUUUCCCAGGCUGUGAAGGAGCUCAUUGAGGAAUCCAAGAAGUCUCUGGAGGAGAGAGAGAAUGCAGGUGUCGACCCCACGCUCGCUAUCCCUAUGAUCCAGAAAAGAUGUACCCCCAAUGAGGAAGGGUCAGACAACGAGCCCCAGGCUGAGACAGUGCCCAAGGAGGCCGAUUACGAGGCAGUCCCUGUGGAGGCAUAUGGGCUGGCCAUGUUGCGGGGCAUGGGCUGGAAACCUGGCCAAGGCAUCGGCCGAACCUUCAGUCAAGUGGUGAAGCCUCGUGUCAACUCACUGAGGCCUAAAGGGUUAGGGCUGGGCGCCAGCCUGACUGAGGUCCAGGCCCUGGCCUCCAGUGGCCCCCACCGCCUGCCAAAGCCAGAUGAGGAACAAGAGAAAGAUAAGGAAGACCAGCAUCAAGGACUGGUUCCUGGAGGAGCUGUGGUGGUUCUUUCUGGCCCUUACCGAGGCCUCUAUGGGAAGGUGGAAGGCCUUGACCCUGACAAUGUUAGAGCCAUGGUUCGUUUGGCUGUGGGGAGCCGCAUGGUGACUGUUAGUGAGUACUGCCUACAGCCUAUCUCCCAGAAGGAAUUUGAUAAGAACUCCUUGGAUCUCAGCCAGGUGAGCAAAACUUCUCCAGGGCAAAAGAAUGGAACACCCUCGUCGUCGUCACUAAAGGCCUUCCAGAAUCAGGACCCCCCCACCCAGCGGGGAACAGAAGAGAGGAAGCGGAAACGCCUUCCAGACCGGCAAGACAGGCCUCCAUCCAAGAGUGAGAAAGUGGCCUCCAGGAGACAGCACUGGUUGCACAGGGACCUGCGUGUGCGGUUUGUGGAUAAACUGCAUAAGGGUGGGCAGUAUUACAACACCAAGAUGACAAUCGAAGAUGUCCUCAGCCCAGAUACUUGUGUAUGUCGGACAGAUGAAGGCCAGGUCCUGGAAGGUAUCAUGGAAAACAUGCUGGAGACCCUCAUCCCCAAGGUCCAGGGCAAACAGGUGAUGGUAGUGCUGGGACCACAGGCUGGAAGGGUGGGCCGUCUGCUGGGCUGGGACAGAGAACAGAGCCAGGCUGUGGUUCAGCUGCGGAGAGAGAAUCGACUGGUAGAGCUUCACUAUGAUGCUGUCUGCGAGUACAGGGGCCCCAGUAACUCAGAUGAAGACUGACCCAUGGACUCAUUCAGUUCCCCAGGCAGUUACCAGUUCUGUACAGUGUAAAAAGCCCAUGUUUGUGAAGGUGGGGAGGCCAUUGUCCACCCUGUACUUGGAGUGCAGCCCUGGGACAGGGACAGGGCACAAAAUGGAUAGACCAGAGGGAGGAUGAAAACAAACCUAGUACUUACCAGCAGUUAGUAUAAAAUAAAAACCAUUUCAAAUACUUAGUAAAAUGAAGAGCUCAUAAGUGG